CGAUCGCCUGAUGUGUCUGACAUGAGCAGGUCUCGUCAUAGCUCCUUCGGUGACGAACCGGGAACGUUUGAUCGAGCAUUUUCAGAAGGUGCUCUCCUGACCAAGACAGCAUCUGCAGGAAGUGUAGGCGCGUCAGAGUAUACAACUGGGGCACGACCUCUGAGUCCAAACUCCCCAAAUGAGGACCCCAGCCUGACUCCCCGCCCCCAAAGCCCCCCUCCGUUGUCACCUCAAGAGGCUGUUUCUCGGGCAAAAUCUCUGUCCAAGAAGCUGUCUGGAUCCAAUAUCCCUUCGCAUGUUACUGAAACAGGUGAUCUCAUGCUCGAUAUGACCGGCUAUAAGAGCAAUGAGGAGGACGCUUUGCGCGCGGAGGUCGUUGCGCGGAAAAUCCUGGCAGAAGAGCUGGAAGGAAACUAUGACAUCGGGGCACUUAUUGGGGCCGAUGAGCAUGGAAAUCUGUGGAUUUACAGCAGCGAGGAAGCAAAGGAAGCAGCCAACCGCCAAGCUACUUUCAACUCUAUGAGAUCCAACGCUGCAAUGAGCGAGGACGCUAUUUCAGACCCUGGGUAUCACAGUGAUGGCGACCGGCCAGUUUCCGACCCAUCGUUGAUGACACGGCACCACCGGGCCAGGUCUGAUGUUCAGCCGGGCUUUCCCACACCACCGCGUUCGCCCACACAAGAUUCUUUACCAGCAGAGUUUACUCCCAACUAUGCGAAGACAUUGCGCUUAACAAGUGAUCAACUCAAGGCCUUGAACUUGAAACCGGGUGCCAACCCUAUGUCAUUUAGUGUCAACCGAGCUACCUGCACUGCAACCAUGUAUCUGUGGAGUGGAAACACACCUAUCGUCAUUUCGGAUAUUGACGGAACCAUCACCAAGUCUGACGCUUUGGGUCAUGUGCUGAACAUGAUUGGACGUGACUGGACUCAUGCUGGAGUAGCAAAAUUGUAUACGGACAUCGUAAACAAUGGCUAUAAUAUCAUGUAUCUUACCAGUCGUUCUGUCGGCCAGGCGGAUACCACUAGAGCCUAUCUUCAUGGGGUCUGCCAGGAUGGAUACAGAUUGCCCAAAGGCCCUACCAUUAUGAGCCCUGACAGGACAAUGGCGGCUCUCCGACGUGAGAUUUACUUGCGGAAGCCAGAGGUCUUUAAGAUGGCUUGUCUUCGGGACAUUCUGAACCUCUUCAAUGGGAAAGAGAACCCAUUCUAUGCGGGAUUCGGCAACCGGCUGACGGACGCCUUGAGCUACCGAUCGGUAAACAUUCCAUCGAGUAGAAUCUUCACAAUCAACUCGAACGCUGAGGUAUCUCUGGAUCUGCUGAGCCUCAACAAAUACAAGAGCAGUUAUGUCUCCAUGCGGGAACUUCUGGAUCAUUUCUUCCCACCGACCAGCUUGCUUGUCCAAGCGGGAGGUGAGGACUACACUGAUUUUACAUACUGGCGAGAUUUACCCCAGGAUAUUGAAGAUUUCUCGAGUACAGAUAGCGAAGAAGAAGAUGAAGAAGACGAAGAGGAUAUUGAAGAAGAAGAUGAUGAUGAUGAUGAAGAAGAAGAAGAUAUUGAUGAGGAUGAAGAUGAAGAGUACGAUGGAGAGCUAAGUGAUGACGAUGAAGAUGAACCAGGCGACGAAGACCUCGCUGCCAGCUACAUUUCGCAAGAUCUAGUGGGUGAUUCAAACUUGACUGAGUCGAUGCUCAAUUCCGGUGUUGAUGCUCUUAGCAUUAACACGGAUGGAGACGACGCAGUGGAUGGAGAUGGGACUGGCGUGCCAUCGAGGUCGAAGGAUUCAAUUCUUUCUGGCCAACUCGAUGUCUCUCAUUCCUCAUGAGCUUGAGAAGUCAGUGGGAAUAGGGCCAUGUUGCAGUAUUUUGGAUAUACGUGGGACUUUUCUGGUAUGGUCUCUCUGCGACCGAUCUGGCUGCUAUUCAUCUUGAUACCCAGCACCGGAUUCAAAAUAAAAUCCCAGGGCUGCCCUGGGCUGUGGGAUCCAUUUGCAUUAUUUAUUUCUGCUCUGCUUUAGUUUUUGCAUCGUUGGCGUUUAUACUGGAAUUGAGAUCAGCGUUGAUUCCUCUCCUAUUCUGUUCUAAAUUCAGGCAUUAUUGGGCGGUCUGGCGCAUUUGGGUGGUAUCACGAAGAGGAUACAAGAUGGCUCGAGUUUCUGCCGUUGAGAAUUGCAUAUACUGCUUUUUACAUAUGUUUUGAUAGAAUCCCAGUGUUGGUGUAGAUGC